CUUGGUCAAAGACAGACACAUCAUACUGUGCUUUGCAGAUAAAACUGCUGGUGCUAGUUUUCUCAUUGAACCCAUGAUGCAGCCCACCAGUAGGCCCCCGCUUAGGCUUGUCGUGUGGGCUAUGCUGAUGCCCCUGAUAUGGCUUCAGGCCGUCGUCGGCCAGAGGGAUCCCUUCAGAUUAAUCACGGAUCCUGACAGGACAUUAAACUGGCGUGCUGUGGAGGCAGACUUCUUGACUUGGGUUGAUCGAGUGGAGCAUGACUAUGUUGAGAGCGUCAGAGCGGGUGAGGCUGUUCUUGGAUGCGCGGACCAUAGCAUUCUCGCUGGAGGGAACACAUUGGUUGUUGGUGGGGGAGGCUACCAGAAAGUUCAAGAUGCAAUUGACGCUGCUCCGCAAGGAACGAGAACGGUCAUUCAGAUCAAUCCAGGAACUUACAGAGAAAAGAUUCUGGUGCCUAAAAGUAAGAUUCUCACGUUCCAGGGGAUUGAAAACCCAAUUCUUUCCUGGGGUGACACAGCGAAUUCGGCCGGAAGCACUCAAAGCAGCGCCUCUACAACAAUUAUGGCUGAUGAUUUUAUUGCAAAUGGAAUCAUUUUCCAGAACACCGCCCCUGCGCCCCCAGGUGGAGCGAUUGGGAGACAAGCAGUAGCAAUGCGAAUCGCCGGAGAUAAAGGAGCAUUUUACGACUGCAAAUUUUAUGGAGCUCAAGAUACGUUGUAUGAUCAAGAAGGUCGCCAUUACUUCAAAAACUGCUACAUUGAAGGUUCAAUCGACUUCAUUUUCGGUGACGGUAAAUCUAUUUAUCAGAACUGUCAUCUGAAUUCCAUUGCACACCCUGGGAGUGGUUCCCUAACUGCCCAGAAGAGGAGCGGCGAUGAGGACACUGGCUUCUCUUUCGUGGGAUGCUCCAUCACUGGCACAGGUCCCAUAUAUCUGGGACGCGCUUGGGGCCCUAGCUCUCGAGUCGUCUUCAUCCAAUGCUACAUCUCCGACAUCAUACUGCCAGAAGGCUGGUAUGACUGGGGCGACAGCAGCCGGCAGAAGACAGUCUUGUACGGGCAAUACCAAUGCUCCGGUCCAGGCGCCAGCGAGAGCGGCCGUGUGGGUUGGUCACAUGAGCUCACUGCCGGUCAAGCAAUUGCAUUCUCCAGUGUGAGCUUCAUAGAUGGCAACCAAUGGCUUCAUACGUGACUCACUCAACGGCGCUGCCAUCUACCAUGUCUGGUCAAUGGUCUCAAUCAGCACUCAUCGCUCACCCAUUUGUUCACUGGAAGGAGCGAUACCAUCAGCGUGAGGUAUAGAGCAAGGUCAUCACCGGCACCAUUGUAACAUAGUGACGAGGUCACAUGUUUGUGUGUAUCUCUCGUGAUUGCUUAGCAUAUCAGCACAUCUUCCUUCAUGCCACAAUGUACAAAAUUACCAAUAAGGCAGUCUGAAUUGUGCUAUGUACUUUAAUGAAUAUAUACACUUAUAUAUAUAUAUAUAUAUAUAUAUAUACAUGUAUGUGUGUUGCUUUUGCAUUGAA